UGCGGUCCAGUCUGAGGGGUCUGAGGUUGUCGGCUAUGGGCGCUAGAGGCGGGUGGGCUUGGCUUUUGCCGCUGCUGUCAACAACCUGUCAUCAGUGUCCUGAGUAAGGGCCGGCUGGCCCAGACUCGGCCGGGGUGAGAUGGACUGGCUGCUGGACCAAGUCCCCUGCAGUUGGCAGGAGUAUGAGGUGGAGUGAUGCACACCCGGGCGCCCAGCAUCGUUCUAACUGCUGCGGACCACUCGCUGCAAGGGGCUGCGUUCCUGAGCAGGGAGCCAGUUUUCCAGGGUUGGAACUUCGCUGCGAAGCCAGUGGGAGGUCUCCAAGGACGGAGUCGAAAGGUCACGUCAUAUCUGUCAGUGCUGUGUGACAGCAUCGCGACAGGACCUGCAGAGCCUGAACUCGAUCAGUAAUGCCUCCUGCCUGCCUCUGUCAAGAUGGAGGGGACAGCAGGGGGAGAGCCUACUCAAGCGGUGUCUAAACUCAAACUUUCCACCAAGGUAGAAAGCACAGGACACUGGCUGGUGGAAGAUCACGCUCGAAUAUGGGAAGUUUUAAAGACAGAAGAGAGCUCGAUUCAGGAUUGGGGUGAAGAGGUAGAGGAAGGAGCUGUUUACCAUGUCACCCUCAAAAGAGUCCAGAUUCAACAGGCUGCCAAUAAAGGAGCAAGAUGGCUAGGGGUUGAAGGGGACCAGCUGCCUCCAGGACACACAGUCAGUCAGUAUGAAACCUGUAAGAUCAGGACCAUCAAAGCUGGCACCUUGGAGAAGCUGGUGGAGAACCUGUUGACAGCUUUUGGGGACAAUGACUUUACCUAUAUCAGCAUCUUUCUGUCAACGUACAGAGGUUUCGCCUCCACUAAAGAAGUGCUGGAACUCCUGCUGGACAGGUAUGGAAACCUGACAAGCCCCACCUGUGAAGACGAUGGAAGCCAAAGUUCAUCCGAGUCCAAGACGGUGAUCAGGAAUGCCAUCGCUUCACUACUGAGGGCCUGGCUUGACCAAUGUGCCGAAGAUUUCCGGGAGCCCCCGCACUUCCCUUGCUUGCAGAAACUGCUGGAUUAUCUAAAACGGAUGAUGCCAGGCUCUGACCCAGAGAGAAGGGCACAAAAUCUUCUUGAGCAAUUUCAGAAGCAAGAAGUGGAAAAUGACAAUGGGCUUCUCAACACCAUCUCCUUCAGCCUGGAAGAGGAAGAGGAACUGGAGGGUGGAGGGUCAGCAGAAUUCACGUGCUUCUCAGAGGACCUGGUGGCAGAGCAGCUGACCUACAUGGACGCACAACUGUUCAAGAAAGUAGUGCCUCACCACUGCCUGGGCUGCAUUUGGUCUCAAAGGGAUAAGAAGGAAAACAAGCAUUUGGCUCCUACCAUCCGUGCUACCAUCUCUCAGUUUAAUACCCUCACCAAAUGUGUUGUCAGCACCAUCCUGGGGGGCAAAGAACUCAAAACUCAGCAGAGAGCCAAAAUCAUGGAGAAGUGGAUCAACAUUGCUCAUGAAUGUAGACUCCUGAAGAAUUUUUCCUCUUUGAGAGCCAUCGUUUCAGCAUUGCAGUCUAAUUCCAUCUAUCGGUUAAAAAAGACGUGGGCAGCCGUCCCAAAGGACCGAAUGCUGAUGUUUGAAGAACUUUCAGAUAUCUUCUCAGACCAUAAUAACCAUUUGACCAGCCGGGAACUCCUGAUGAAGGAAGGAACCUCAAAAUUUGCAAACCUGGACAGCAGUGUGAAAGAAAACCAGAAGCGUACUCAGAGGCGGCUUCAGCUGCAGAAAGACAUGGGCAUGAUGCAGGGAACCGUGCCCUACCUGGGCACCUUCCUGACUGACCUGACCAUGCUUGACACGGCCCUUCCAGACUACAUCGAGGGUGGACUGAUAAACUUUGAGAAAAGGAGAAGGGAAUUUGAAGUGAUUGCCCAAAUAAAGCUCCUACAGUCUGCCUGCAACAGCUAUUGUAUGACCCCAGACCAAAAGUUCAUCCAGUGGUUCCAGAGGCAGCAGCUCCUAACAGAGGAGGAGAGCUACGCCCUCUCGUGUGAGAUUGAAGCGGCUGCCGAUGCCAGCACCACCUCGCCCAAGCCUCGGAAGAGCAUGGUGAAGAGGCUGAGCCUACUAUUUCUGGGGUCUGACAUUAUCACCACUAACACUCCUACCAAAGAGCAGCCCAAGUCCACGGCCAGUGGGAGCUCUGGAGAAAGCAUGGACUCUGUCAGCGUGUCGUCCUGCGAGUCGAACCACUCAGAGGCUGAGGAGGGCUCUGUUACUCCCAUGGACACCCCUGAUGAGCCUCAGAAAAAGCUCUCUGAGUCUUCCUCAUCAUGUUCCUCUAUCCAUUCCAUGGACACAAGUUCCUCAGGGAUGUCGUCCUUAAUCAACCCGCUCUCCUCCCCUCCGGCCUGUAACAACAACCCUAAGAUCCACAAGCGGUCCGUCUCUGUGACGUCCAUUACCUCGACUGUGCUGCCCCCUGUUUACAACCAGCAGAACGAAGACACCUGCAUCAUCCGCAUCAGCGUGGAGGACAACAACGGCAACAUGUACAAGAGCAUCAUGCUGACCAGUCAGGACAAAACCCCCGCAGUGAUCCAGAGAGCAAUGCUGAAGCACAAUCUGGACUCAGACCCAGCCGAGGAGUAUGAGCUGGUGCAGGUCAUCUCCGAGGACAAAGAACUCGUGAUCCCCGACUCAGCAAAUGUCUUCUAUGCCAUGAAUAGUCAAGUGAACUUUGACUUCAUUUUACGCAAAAAGAACUCCAUGGAGGAACAGGUGAAACUGCGAAGCCGGACAAGCUUGACGCUGCCCAGGACAGCUAAACGGGGCUGCUGGAGCAACAGGCACAGCAAAAUCACCCUCUGAAGGGAGGGACCCGUGGCCCUUUGCUUGCCAGAGGCAGAGUGGGGCUGAGAACAGGCAUGGUGAUUGCAGCUACCAUCCAGUGUUAGAGGAUCAUUGGUGAAGUCAGCGGAUAUUUAUUGAGUACCUAUGGGGUGCAAAGCACUACGAUAGGGAUUGUGGGGAAACUGGAUAUGAAUUUGACAUGGAAAGGAUGAACCAUUCACCGAUUCUCUUUGACCUAUUUGCGACUGAAAUGAAAAAUUAUCCAUAUUUGUAAAUAUAUAUACAUAUAUGCACACAUGAUUAGUAUGUAUGUGUAUAUAUAUAAAUAUAUAAGAGGGACUUUAUGGGAUAUUCUGGACUAUGGAAAAACAAAUUUGCACAAUGGCCUGGGAAGUUGAGGUCACGUUUUACAGGGAAAUAGAAGGAACUGAGAACCUACUCUUGUAUCUUCCAAGUAAAUGAAAUCAAUUCUGGGACUACAGAAUGUCCUUUGUGCCAGUAUUACAAGUCCAAACUUUAUUUUUAUAAAGGGAGAGGAUUACUUUCUUAAUCAAGUGCCACCAGAUAAAAACAACUGCAGAGGCUGGAACUGCCACAGGCUGAAUGAAAGGCCACUUUGGGAAAGGGUUUGGAUGAGUCGGUGGCCUUCAACCUCUGCCUGCACCUGCUGCUUUCUGCCAUCCCCGAGAGAGACUGGAGGAGCUUUGUGGUCCAUCUGCUCCACUGGUCUUGCCAUCACGACACCUCUGGACUCAAGCCCAUUUUGAUUUCUGGCAACCCCGUUGUAUUUCUGUUUUCUCCCCUAAAGAACAUAUCAUAAUCAUUAUUGCACAAAUAGCCAUGUUCUUUGGUAACUUCGCCAGGAAAGAAAGUGCAAAAGAAUGGUGACUCAUUGGGAUUCUCAUCUGUCUUGGAAUGUCGCCACUUCGUUGCCUCGUUCUGAUUGAUUGCCGUCUGCAUGGAAACCUAACCGUAUGUCUGGAGUCCUCUGUCAUCUGGAUUCUAGAAUCUGUGUAUUAUGUGCAAUUUGUUCCUCAGGUGUGAAAAUUUCUACUGCAAUUGAUCAUUUUGAGCCUGUGAAUGAUUUCUUAACGGUGAUUCCCUUAUCAAUAGCCUUCUAGAAGGUGUUCCUUGCUGAUAACAGCAUCCUAUUUUACUUAUUAGCUUUUAUAGCAUUACUGUGCCCAGCCACAGGGAAGGCAACGGGGCUGCCUAUAUUAUCUAAAUCAUUUCUCAAAGAGGUACAUUCUUCUCGAUGGAAUCAAUAGCAUUUUUUUCCAGGUCACCACACUUGCUCUCCCAGUGUUGCUGUUAAAUGACAUUUUUGUGUCUAGUAAUCCUUCAUACUCUCCCUUCCAAAUCUGAGCUGUGCUAGGAUUUGAACUAAAAAGCCAUACGUGGGAUAUUGACAUGUAUAAGAAGCACUUUCACAAUGUUGUCCUUUUAAAAAAAUAUCUCAAAAAACGCCAGUUUUUAUUCCAAAAAUAAAGCAAACAAACCCAGAUAUGAAGUACAGAUUGUAACACGGAACCUUUUUUUUCCUAAUCCUAGAAUACAGCUCCCAAAGGUUGUGUGGGAUUUAUGUAAAUAGCUAUGUGAAUUAGGCAAGAAACACCAGGGAAGGUUUAUAGAUUUGUGACAAUUGACCAAAGUAUGAGCCAGGAAGUCCUCAGAUUUCCUUUGGUCUUUCUAGGAGACUGGACUGUGCAUCAUAUAGACCGACUGGUUUUAACUAAUCAAAAAGCACUUUCUUCUGUUUGUAAGGCUUGUCCAAUUUGUGCUUCCAUGCUUGGAGGAGAGAUGGCCAGGGUGGCAGCUAUCAUGAGGAUAGAAGUAAAUGUAGUCUCAGCCUGAUUUUCUUGGUAUGAAGGUCAAAAGCAAAAUACAAAACCAUUGGCCUGCUUUAGGGUGUGGCUACUGAGACAUACAUGUUGUGUCCCUGCGCGCUCCCUGUGUAUUUAUACUUGUAUGUAGAGUCUAGAUUUAUAUACCGCAAUGUAAAAAAAAUAUAUACAUAUAUAUAUUUACCUUUUUUAAGACAAUGGAAAUUCCAGUAGAUAAAACAUAGCUUCAUUUAUUUAAUGCCACUUUAAAUGUCUGAAAUCUGUUUCCCGGUGGACAUCUGGGCCAUGCUCUCAGCUGCUCGCACGCUUGUCUUUCUGCAUCUCCCUCAUCUGUUUACCUUUCAGUUAAACUCAAUAAACUGGUUUGGGACUUGGUUGGCACAUGCUGCCAGACCCAAAGG